GUUUGCCAAGAACUAAGCCUAUUGUCCGCGCUGAAGUCUGAAGGCCCAAAGUUGGUUAAACUUCUUAUCAAUCUCAAGCUUCUCUCCAAGUGGAACCACUUUGCACGGCAGAUGCGGAGACUAAACUUCUUGCAGCUUAAGUGCCUCCAUCCGCACCGUCUUGGCAAUUUUCGGAGCGGGGCGGGAUCCCUCGGAGUCAACGGGAUCGGAACUAUGUUGUACUCAGUAGUACCUGCCUGGUUGCGAUCAUGCUUCAGCUGUUUCUUGACCAUCUGUCUUCACCAGCAGCUAGCUUGCGAAGCCAUGGCCCACGGCAAUUGCUCUAUAUAUUCAGUCACGACGCCCACCGAAAACUUAAGAAACAGACACGCAGAACAUCUCCGAUCAUGCUUUCCUCUCUUGUACUCGCCCUCGUGGGCAUCUCUGCGCCCUAUGUUGCUGCGAAGACCAACACGCCGGGCCUGGAGCUAGUCUACUCCCUUGAGCGUGCUACCCAGGGCAUCAGUAUCUCCGCCGAUGGCCGCAAAUUCCUGACGCAGCGUUACUCCACGACCGCCGCGCCCCAAAUCGUGGAGCUUCUCGCCGACAACAGCACCACCCUCUAUCCGGACGCGGCGUGGAACGCAUACAACUCCAGUGACCCCAGCUCCGACCCGACCACGAGCUUUGUCAGCGUCGAUGGAGCGCGCAUCGGCCCGGAUGGCCGCUACUGGGUUGUUGACGGCGGCUCGUCGGGCGUCAAUGGCUCAACCAAGCUGGUGGGUGUCAACCUGACCACCAACGCAGUUGACAAGCUGUACUACCUGGACAACGUCAAGGCGGAGGAGAGCGGUGUCGAUGACGUCCGCUUCAACGCCGCUGGCGAUGUGGCCUACCUCAGCGACACCGCGGGGGCGCUCAUCAUCCUGAACAUGACGACCGGCGACGGCGUGCGUGUGCUCUCCGACCACUCUUCUGCUCAGGCCUGGUUCCCCAUGAUGUACAACCACACCCUGGUGCCUGGGUACGGCGCCGCCGGCAGCACCCUCGCCGUCGGCCUCGACCAGAUCGAAGUCUCCCCCGACGGCGUCUGGUUGUACUACCAGCCCUGCAACGGCGGUCUGUACAAGAUCGAGACCACCUAUGUUGACGCUGCUCUCACCAACACUACCCUCGCCGCCUCGCUUGGUGACUAUGUCCAGGCUGUUGCUCUGACCCCCAGCACUGGCGGCACCACCAUCGACGGCAACGGCAACAUCUAUUUCAGCGAUACCAACCUGUUGGCCAUCUGGAAGGUGACCCCCGAGGGUCUUGCCUCAAUCCUCUUCCAGGAUGACCGCCUGAUUUGGACUGACCUUAUGUGGGUCACUCCCGACAAAAAGCUGUGGCUGCCUGCUUCCCAGAUGCGUCCGGGUGGUGAUGGCCUGAUGGCUGCCGGCCCCAACUACAUCUUCACUUAUCCUAUCGAGGCCGGUCCUUCCCCGAUUGACCACGCCUAAUGAGUGACCGUACUGGACCUGUAACAUACUAGUGGCAUAUCACCCGCGUGUAUGAUGGCAUUGUGAUCGUGUAUAUCUAAGAAACGUUAUCUCGGCACGAGGCAGUAACAGAACAUACAACUCCUGCUUGAUAAUAACCUACUCAGAGCUUUCCUAUGAGUAACCUGUGCGUGAUGACUUAUUAAGUGGUUGUAACUUAACUAUUUGCCGCACAGCAAG